CCUCCCCGCUCCACACACCACCUUCUCCUCUGCAUCGCCUGCCUCUGACACCGCACCGCACCGGGAAUCUCCAGCCUUUUGAUUUUCUUUUCUAAUCGUGCUGUGAAAUCCUCUGUUGUUGAUCGGCAUGGGCGUGGAGGUCGUCUCCGGCGGGGCUGUGGAGGCGGUGGCGCCGGCCAAGGAGGUGGGCGCGAAGGUGGAGGUGGAGGCGGGUGCGGCCGCCGUGGCCGUGGCCAAGAACAUGUCGUUCAGGGAGGAGAGCAACCGCCUGGGCGACCUCAAGGACGCCGAGCGGAAGGCGCUCGCCGAGCUCCGGGCUAAGGUCGAGGAGGCCAUCGUCGAGGGCAAGCUGUUCGACUUCGACGACGGGAGCAGCAAGGUGAAGGUGAAGGUCGAGGCCAAGAAGAAGGAGGGUAAGAAGAAGGAGGGCAAGAAGAAGAAGAAGGCCGAGGCGGCCGAGGAGAAGAAGGAGGAGGCGGCGGCCGACGAGAAGAAGCCGGAGGUGGCUGCUGAGGAGAAGAAGGAGGAGGCGGUGGCUGAGGAGAAGGUGGAAGCCGGUGAGGAGAAGAAAGAGGAGGAAGCCAAGGAGGAGGUGGCCGAGCCGGCCGGGGAGAAGAAGGAGGAGGCCGUGGCGGCCGAGGAGAAGCAGGAGGAGGCGGCUGAAGAAAAGAAAGAGCCGGAGGCCGAGGCGGCCGCGGAGAAGGAGGAGACCGCCGCCGUCGAGGCCGAGAAGGCGGCACCGGCGGUCGCCGUCGACAAGGACGUGGCGCUGUGGGGCGUGCCGCUGCUGCCGAGCAAGGGCGACGAGGCGACGGACGUGGUCCUCCUCAAGUUCCUCCGCGCGCGCGACUUCAAGGCGGGCGCCGCCUUCGACAUGCUCCGCCGCACGCUCCGGUGGCGCCGGGAGUGGAAGAGCCUGGCCGCCACCGCGGCCGACGGCGACGACUUCGAGGGCGACGCGCUCCCGGAGGGCGCGUGCCGCCUGGACGGCGCGGACCGCGAGGGCCACCCGGUGUGCUACAACGCGCUGGGCGUGUUCGCGGACGAGGCCGUGUACAGGAGCGCGCUCGGCACCGACGGCGGCAAGAAGCCGGCCCGGUUCCUCCGGUGGCGGGUGCGCGCCAUGGAGCGCCACGUGGCCGAGCUCGACUUCCGCCCCGGCGGCGCCGCGUCGCUGCUGCAGGUGACGGACCUCCGCGGCUCCCCCGGCCCCGCCAGGAAGGACCUCCGUGUCGCCAUGAAGCAGGUGCUCGACCUCUUCCAGGACAACUACCCGGAGCUCGUCGCCAGGAACAUCCUGAUCAACGUGCCGUUCUCCUACUACGCCUUCACCACCGUCUUCUUCCCGUUCCUGACGCAGCGGACCAAGAGCAAGCUGGUGGUGGCCCGCCCGUCCAAGGUCACCGAGACGCUGCUCAAGUACAUCCCCAUCGAGGCCAUCCCGGUGAAGUACGGCGGGCUGAAGCGCGACGGCGACGCCGAGUUCACCGGCGAGCACGACGCCGAGAUCGCCGAGGUGGUCGUCAAGGCGGGCGCCACCGAGGCCAUCGAGAUCGAGGCCGCCGAGGGCGACACGACGCUGACGUGGGACGUGACGGUGCUGGGGUGGGAGGUGAGGUACACGGAGGAGUUCGUGCCGGCGGACGAGGGCGCGUACACCAUCGUGGUGAGCAAGGGCCGGAAGGUGGGCGCCGGCGAGGAGGCGGUGCGCAACUCGUUCCGCGCGGCGGAGGCCGGCAAGGUGGUGAUCACGGUGGAGAACGCGACCCGCGGGAGGAAGCGGGUGCUCUUCCGGCACAAGGCCAAGAGCGCCCUCGCCAAGAAGUGAUGAAGAAAGUGAUGAUAAGUUAUGAGGCCCUUUGGAGGGGGAAGAUGAGACUUGUGUGCGUGUGGAUUCUACAUUAAUUCAUUAUUCAAUUCUUUUGUGCAAGAGAGUAAGUAGUAGGGGUACAUUGUGUUGUGUUUGGCGAGCACCAUUCUUUUGUCAUGCAAUUAUUGUCUGAUAAUAUAAAGAGGUUUUUACCCGGUUAUUAAAA